CCAGUCUGUCCGGCCUCCCAAACCCCAAAUUCGCCCCACAAACAACCAGUGACGAAGAAGACCAUAAAAAACUCAACUUUUGGCUCUGAUUCUUCAUUAGUUUUUAAUCGUUCGUCAUGUAUAGAGCCGCCGCAUCCAGAAUCAGAACCCUCAAGAGCCUGGGUGGUAACGGGAACCUGACAAGGUUUGCAAGUUCAAGUGCGGUUGCAGCGAAAUCAUCAUCAGGGGGUAUCUUUAGCUGGUUUACAGGUGGUAGUUCAUCCAGCCUCCCUCCUUUGGACUUUCCGCUCAAGGGCAUUGAACUCCCGGCUUCUUUACCUGACCGUGUUGAAACCGAGAAUACCAAGAUAACAACUCUUCCGAAUGGAGUUAGAAUCGCCUCUGAAAAUUCAUCUAACCCUGGGGCAUCCAUUGGAUUGUACGUCAAUUCCGGAUCGAUUUAUGAAACGCCUUAUUCGUUUGGGGCUACCCACCUUUUAGAACGUAUGGCCUUCAAAAGUACCGCUAACAGAAGCCACUUGCGCGUUGUGAGAGAAGUGGAGGCUAUUGGCGGCAAUGUGACCGCUUCUGCUUCCAGGGAGCAAAUGAGCUACACGUAUGAUGCUCUCAAGUCUUAUGUUCCUCAAAUGGUGGAGUUACUUGUUGACUCUGUAAGGAAUCAAGUUUUCUUGGAAUGGGAGGUCAAAGAGCAGAUCCAGAAAGUGAAAGCUGAGAUUAGCGAAUACGCCAACAAUCCGGAAGCAUUGUUGCUAGAAGCGAUUCACUCAGCUGGAUAUUCCGGGGCAUUAGCCAAUCCUCUUCUUGCAUCGGAAGGCUCGCUCAACCAAUUAGACAGCACCAUAUUAGAACAAUUCGUAGCUGAAAACUAUACUGCUCCUCGGAUUGUACUUGCUGCAUCGGGUGUUGAACACGAGCAACUGUUGAAAUACGCAGAGCCUCUUCUCUCUGACUUGCCAGGUGGCGCUCGAGUUGAGGAACCACAAUCGGUUUAUGUUGGUGGUGAUCAUCGAGUUACGGCUGACACAGGGAGAUCGAGUUUUGCUCUUGCAUUUGAACUUCCUGGCGGCUGGCACAACGUGAAGGACGCCAUGACUUUGAGCGUUCUUCAGAUGCUAAUGGGAGGGGGUGGAUCUUUUUCGGCCGGUGGUCCCGGAAAAGGGAUGCAUUCACGUCUUUAUCUUCGUGUCUUGAAUCAGUACCCGGAUAUUCAAUCAUUUUCAGCAUUCAACUCCAUCUACAACAACACUGCGAUUUUCGGAAUCCAAGGGACCACCAGUCCCGAGUUUGCACGGGAAGCCAUUGAGGUAGCUGCUAAUGAGCUUAUAAUAAUUGCUGAUGACGGGGCAGUUAGACGGGAACAACUGGCUCGUGCUAAACAAGCAACCAAGUCUGCUAUUCUAAUGAAUUUAGAAUCAAGAAUGGUUACGUCAGAAGAUAUAGGCAGACAGAUAUUGACAUACGGAGAGCGGAGACCCGUAGAGUAUUUCUUGAAGGCUAUAGAUGAAGUAUCGGGCAAAGAUAUCGCUUCCAUUGUGAAGAAGCUUCUUUCCUCACCGCUCACAAUGGCAUCUCAUGGAGACGUUAUAAAUGUACCAACCUACGACUCGGUUAGCAAGGUGUUUCAACUAUAGGGUUGAUUUUGCUAUAAAGCAACAAACUCCGGCGGAUUCUGCCUUUUAGUGUUGUUUUUAGACAAUGAAUGGAUAAUUCUUUUGUCGACUAUCAUUUUUGACCUUACAUUCCAUUAUAUGUAUUCUCUGUAAACCAAAGGUGGCGUUUUUGAUGUUUAAUGCAAUGGUUAACGUCCAUCAUUUCCAUCUUGGGUCCGCCACUGCUCAUGAUGUUAAUAUUUGAUGGAUUAUGUUUGAGUGUA